UCGAAACUGUCAAUUUUUGCAACAUAACCGCACAUAUUCACCACGAGGAGGGUUCCAAUUGUUACAUUCAUUCGACCGAUAAAUAAACAAAAUACCACUUUUCACUAUUUUCACCAAUUAUUUUGCCAUACUCAAUUGAAAUAAGUUAAUAAAGUAAAGAAAAAAAUUAAUAAAAACAAAAAUGCCGCCAACAAGCAUAUUGAAGGAUAUUACAAAACUAAAGCAUCCAAACAGCAGAAAGACAAAAAUGGUGGCAAAAAAGGCGAAAAGAUAUAAUAAUCGCAAUAAAAUCAAAUUGGGACACGCAGUCAAGUCGAAUCUUAUGGGAGAACGGUUGGCUUGGUUUACCGAUAAUAUGGAACAGUUUGGUGAACAGGAAUGCUUAACACCAGAUCAAUUUGCACAACUUUUUGAAAAAUACUUGAAUCGAUUCAAUGAAGAAUUGGAGACGAUCUACUUGAAGCAGUCAAUAUCGAAAAAUCGAGUAAAUCAGCACGCAAGUCGUUUGUCCAUUAUUAAGAUGAGCAUGGAACGUGAAAAGGGCGAAUACGAAGGAGCUGGUCUUGAAUUAAUGGACUUAUGUGAUCCGAUAAAAUAUAAGAAGUUCAUAUCAUGGGAUGGAGAUAGCAUAAAUUUACAACAUUUUAAACUCGAACGAAUCAGUAAAAAAUAUUUAGAAAAUCACAAUAAAAUGGAAUAGAUUUUGUUCAAUUUUAAAA